AAACUUUUCCGACGUCGACCAUGACGAGGACAUCGACCGUACUCACCGUCGCCGGUGUCACGCUCAUCAGCGGGGUACUUGCCUAUGCUGUCUACUUUGACUACAAGCGCAGGAACGAUGCGACUUUCCGGAAGAAGCUGCGCAAGGAAAAGAAGAAGGUCGACAAGCACUUAGCUCGGUCUCAAGGAGAUGCCUCUGCCUCCCUUAGCCCUCAGGAGCUUCGUCAGGCCUUGGAAAAGGUCCGGAGUGAGGACAUGCCAGUUUCGUCUGAGCAGAGGGAGCAAUUCUUUAUGACCCAAGUGGGUAUGGGAGAGCAGCUCUGCACUCAAGGUCCUGCCUUCCAUCUUCCUGCCGCCCUCUGUUUCUACCGAGCACUCCGGGUUUACCCAUCCCCGGUUGAGCUCAUUGUCAUCUAUCAGAAGACCGUGCCAGAGCCCGUGUUCAAGAUUGUCAUGGACUUGAUGAACAUGGACGUCAAGGAACGUGUCGAAGGUUACUAUAGUACUUUCCCUCCAAAGGACAUGAACGUGAAAGUUACUCAGCGGGAUAUCGGUGAAGGCAAGAGAAAGAUCCUUGCCGCAGCCAAAGACUUCAAAGCUGGUGAUGUUAUAUACAAGGAACAACCAGUCGUCGCUGCUCUUGACCUGGAUCUUGAAGGCAAGGGCACACAUUGUUCACAUUGUCUGCGCCAGAUCCAAAAGGGCAUGGCCAUACCUGCCGAGGAUGACCGGUUGGGUGCUGUGUACUGUUCUAAGGACUGUCAAGUGAAGUCUAAAGUCCAGUAUCAGAACAUCCUGUUUGGCUCGGAACCCCUCUUGCCACCAGAACUGGCGCCUGACAUGACUAAUCACGAGGAGAGGAAGAAAGCGCAGGAAGCAUUCGUCGAGUACCUCAGAAACAGAGGGAAGGCUGUUCCACUCCUUGUUUCCAAAUUCUUGGCACGUCAGAUUGCGCAUGAGACGGCAAAGAUGGUUCCUGGGACCUCUCCACUUGCUGCCGAGCCUGUAACGGAUGGAGACUACACGCUUUACGACCAUAUCGAAAGACUACGCUACCUAGAGACUACCAUUCCUGAAGAAGAGGUUGGACUUGUUUCGGAGGUGCUGAAGAACGCGCUGCCUGGCAUUGAGUCCUUUUCGUCUGAUGAAAGGCAAGCUAUCCUCGCCGGUAAGAUGGCAUACAAUGCUAUCGGUGUUUGCCCAGGUGGAGGUAGAGAUGAUAAGCCCGCGCCAACGGAUCGCCCUGAGGACCAAGAAAGAGCAAGGACACCAUACGGCACCUCAAGGCAGAUAGGCUGUGGCUUAUAUGCGGUAUCAUCCUAUAUUAACCACUCCUGCGACCCGAACGCGCGUCCAUCAUUCGGCAGUGGGACUGCAGAACUGACCCUCAUCGCGAACCGCGAUAUCAAGGAGGGAGAAGAAAUAACAAUCGCCUAUGUAGACGUCUCCCAGCACCCCGGCGAGACACCCGUCGAGGCCCGGAGACGCCGUCGCAUUGAGCUCGCCCGAGGCUGGAGAUUCGCUUGCACGUGCCCCAAAUGCAUGUCUGAAGGCGCGAUGGAAGCCAAUGAGAGGGACAGCGAUGUGCCCGACCAAAAGGACGAAUCGAAGGUCGAGGCGGUUGUCCAGCGCCUCGAAGGCUCGUGAGGUGUUACUUGCCUUCGAGUGAACAAUUGCAGUAAACUAUCUCUCGCAUAAUACACUUGCAGUUUUAC